AUGAAUACUAAGAAGAAAAGUGGUACUAGUCGUUUACCAAGUAUGUAUUAUCAAACACUUCUUAAAUCUGAAUUUGACUAUCGACGUGAUAUGCGUCGUAAAUUAAAUCAAAUUCAAAUUGAUAAUCGUGAUGCAGCACGUCGUCGGAAUGCUACUGAUCAUGUUUUUGCUCAUGGUCUUUUAACAAAACGUCAUCAAUGGUUUAAUAUUGAUAAAGCAUAUCGAGAUACAUGUCGAACAUUAUGGAAUCGAAAACAAGUAGAAACUGGUCGAACAAGUCAUAUAUUUUUACCAAGUAUUUAUCCAGCUGAUGAUACAUCAUUAGUAGCCGAACCUUCAUCAAAUCGUACAAAAAGUAUUUCAAAUGAAAGUCCAGUUAUAGCGAAUGAAAGAAUAAAACAAAAUUUUCUACGUUUACAACCCGUUAUGUUAGAAAUUAUACAUGCACCACAUUCAUCCGAUGUAUUCAGAAAGAAACAAAAUAUAGAAUCAAGAAAACGAAGUGCUUAUAAACGACAAGCUACUUUACAAAAAGCAGCAACAACUGAUGAUCGUUAUACACAUUUAAUUGAUUCAUUGGAAGAACAUUAA